AUGUCUGCGGAAAAACAACGCGCGGCCUCGCUCCGAGAUGCGGAGAAAAAAGCUGUCGAGCUUUUCAACGAGAUCGAGAAAAGUCUUAUUCGCCCUGGCAUCAGCGAGAAAGACUUGAACAAUGAAAUCCAUGCUCUCGGCGUUGAACGUCACGGUGUGAGGACUCAUUGGCAUAAACGAGUGAUUCGCAGUGGACCCAAUACACUGAGACCAUUCGAAGAGAACCCACCCGACAGGAUAAUUCAAGAAGAUGACAUCCUCGUCGUCGACCUUGGGCCUGUCUUUGAAGAGUGGGAAGCUGACUUCGGCCGCACCUUUGUUCUGGGAAACGACCCGAACAAGAUCAAACUGCGGGACGCUCUCGAGCCAAUCUGGAUCAGCGUCAAAGCCAAGUACUGGGAGAAUCCAGAUAUGACGGGAGAAGAACUGUACAAUAUUGCCAAGAAGGCUGCUGAGAAGGAGGGCUUUGAGUUUGGUGCACCGAUUGCGGGACAUAUCGUCGGUUCUUUUCCGCAUGAACGCAUUCCUAAAGACAAGAUCACCCUUUACAUCGCUCAAGGCAGCAACAACUCUAUGAAUACUGUUGGGAAGGAUGGGAACAAGAGGCACUGGAUUCUUGAGAUCCAUUUACAUAACAAGGAACUUGGAUUUGGUGGGUUCUACGAGCAAUUACUCACAGCCUAA